GGCGUGCGCGGCGGCUGUGCCCCCCUAGCUCGGACAGGCGGACAUUCGUACAGACAGACACACAGACAGACACACGCACACCGCGCUGCGAGCGGGUGCAAGCCCGGAGGCGAUCCUGGAGAACAACCUUUCCCUGUCGCUGCUGCCGGCUCCCGCAGGGCUGGACCCGGGGAGCUGCGUCGCGGAGCAAACUUCCCCCAAAGGGCUGAGCUCGCCGGCCUGGUGCCUGCAGCCGGAGCCGGCCUCCGGCUUGGCGGGCAGGGGCCAGGUGUCCUGGAACAAGUGCGGCCCGGGGGGAGACUGGCUGCCCGGCGGCAGGCAGAAGGUCUGCGAGCAGAUGGGCUCCGACGUCCGAGACCUCAACGCGCUGCUGCCCUCCGUGCCCUCCCUGCCGGGCAACAGCAACUGCACCAUGCCCGUGAGCAGCGCGGCGCAGUGGGCGCCCGUGCUGGACUUUCCCCCGGGGGCCUCCUACGGCUCGCUGGGGCCGCACUCCUUCAUCAAGCAGGAGCCGAGCUGGAACGGAUCGGACCCGCACGAGGAGCAGUACCUGAGCGCCUUCACCGUGCACUUCUCCGGCCAGUUCACGGGCACGGCCGGCGCUUGCCGCUACGGGCCCUUCGGCGCCCCGCCGCCCAGCCAGCCGCCCUCGGGCCAGGCUCGGAUGUUCCCCAACGGGCCCUACCUGCCCAACUGCUUGGAGAGCCAGCAAGCCAUCCGCAACCAGGGUUACAGCACCGUGGCCUUUGACGGGACCCCCAGCUACGGGCACACGCCGUCCCACCCCGCCGCUCAGUUCACCAACCACUCCUUCAAACACGAGGACCCCAUCAGCCAGCAGCCCUCCCUAGGGGACCAGCAGUACUCGGUGCCUCCGCCGGUGUACGGCUGUCACACGCCGACCGACAGCUGCACGGGCAGCCAGGCGCUGCUCCUCCGGACGCCCUACAACAGUGACAAUUUAUACCAGAUGACCUCACAGCUUGAAUGCAUGACAUGGAAUCAAAUGAACUUGGGAUCCACACUGAAAGGACACACAGCGGGAUAUGAAAAUGAGAACCACAGUGCUCCCAUGCUGUACAGCUGUGGGGCCCAGUACAGAAUACACACCCACGGGGUCUUCAGGGGCAUACAAGACGUCCGGCGUGUGCCCGGCGUGGCUCCCACCAUCGUGCGCUCGGCCAGCGAGACCAACGAGAAGCGUCCCUUCAUGUGCGCCUACCCUGGCUGCAACAAGAGAUACUUCAAGCUGUCCCACUUGCAGAUGCACAGCAGAAAGCACACUGGUGAGAAACCUUACCAGUGUGAUUUUAAAGACUGUGAACGAAGAUUUUCUCGUUCAGACCAACUCAAAAGGCACCAAAGACGACACACAGGUGUGAAGCCCUUUCAGUGUAAAACCUGUCAGAGAAAGUUCUCCAGAUCUGAUCACCUGAAGACUCAUACCAGGACUCAUACAGGUAAAACAAGUGAAAAGCCUUUCAGUUGCCGGUGGCCCAGCUGUCAAAAAAAAUUUGCCAGGUCUGAUGAAUUAGUUCGUCACCACAACAUGCACCAGAGGAACAUGACUAAACUGCAGCUGGCCCUUUAGACAGUUCAAACAAGUGAAAAAACCAGAUGGGACAUUAUAAGCUACUGCAAACUUUCUCAGCCAUCCUCG